AAAUGUGUGUGAUAGUGCGCUAACCGUGUCACUGCUCCCGGCAGCAACUAGCGCUGUCAUGUGUAUCCCUCCGCGUCUGGGCAUGUCCGGCCUUUAUCCUACUGAGUCUCUGUGUAACCGGCCCCAAUAGCGCCGAGAUGUGAGGGGAACCGGCUGGGGAUUGUGUCCUGUGUCCCUGUAACUCCCUCCCCUGUGUCCCUGGCAUUGUCCCUCCCCUGCACUCACAUCUCCAGCCUGGGCUACUGGUGUGUGUAUAUGAAGUUUCCUGACUUUGGGAUCUUUCUGGGCUGAACCUACAGUAACCCCGGAGAAUGAAGGAUCGUCUGACCCCAAUAAAGAGCGAGAUGGAUUCAGUAUCUUGCUGCACUUCCCUAGAGGCAGAAACAGAAGUAUUCCAGGUAACGAUAAAGGAAGAAGAACUGGACCCUGCGGAUCAUCAGAACCCAAUGGGAGCCUUGGCCGUUAUUGAUGGGAGUUCUGUAAAGACUGAAGUAAAAUCGGAGAAUGAAGAAUCAGAUGCUGAGGAUCACAUGACUGCAAUUAAAAGGGAAAGGGAUUCUGUUCGGGCAGACAAGAAUGGCCUUCAUGAUGAUUUGAAUUGGCAGCUUAAAACCCGUAGCCCAAUAUCUGAUAUCAGUGGCCAGUCUCAUACGUUGAAUACAGCCAAGGAGCCAUUACCGGAGGCUGGAAUAUUGCCGGGGGCAGCACAGCACAAAGCACUGACUGACUCUGAGUGUGACUCCAGCUCAGCAAACUCUGACGCGCCAGUUAUUAUCUGCUGUAAAUGUGGGGAAAGCUUCUCUAGUAACAUCGAUCUUCUCUCCCACCUCUGUACCCAGAAUAAUAAUAAUGUUCCCAGUAGAGCUGCAGAGGAGAAGCCCUUUUUCUGUAUAGAGUGUGGGAAACACUUCAGUAAGAAAUCUAAUUUUGAGAGACAUCAGUUGACUCACACAGGGGAGAAACCAUUCAAAUGCACAGAAUGUGGGAAAAGCUAUUCUCAGCAGAGCGGCCUCAAUAUUCACCAGAGAACUCACACAGGGGAGAAACCUUUCAUGUGUAGGGAUUGUGGCAAAUGUUUCUACCUCAACUCUCAGCUCCAGCGGCACCAGGUUAUGCACACAGGGGAGAAACCCUAUACAUGCACCGAAUGUGGGAAACGUUUCUUUAAGAACACUGAGCUCCAGCGUCACCAGGUUACCCACACAGGGGAGAAACUGCACACAUGUAGCGAAUGUGGGAAAAGAUUCAGCCUGAAAGCUCAGCUCCAGCGUCACCAGAUUAUCCACACGGGGGAGAAACCGUUCCAAUGUACAGAAUGUGGGAAAAGCUUCAAUGUGCAGAGCAACCUGCGCAGCCACCAGAGAAUUCACACGGGGAGGAAGAUUUUCAUUUGCACAGAGUGUGGGAAGAGAUUCUACCUCAAGGGCAACCUGCAGAAACACAUGAAACUUCACACAGAUGAGAAUCCUUUCACUUGCACAGAGUGCGGGGAGAGAUUCCUACAGAAAAGAGACCUUCGCCAUCACCAGAACGUUCACACAGGGGAGAAACCGUUCAGCUGCACUGAGUGUGUGAGGAGCUUCUUCCAUAUGCGCAACCUCUCCCGUCACCUGAAAUCCCACGGGAUAAACUGUGUUUCCUUACCCCGGAGAAUGAGGGAUCGUCUGACCCCAAUAAAGAGCGAGAUGGAUUCAGUAUCUUGCUGCACUUCCCCAGAGGCAGAAACAGAUAUGUUCCAGGUAACGAUAAAGGAAGAAGAACCGGACCCUGUGGAUCAUCAGAAUCCGACGGGAAUCUUGGCCGUUCCACUUACUGAUGGGGGUUCUGUAAAGACUGAAGUAAAAUCGGAGAAUGAAGAGUCGGAUGCUGAGGGUCAUGUGACUUCAAUAAAGAGGGAAAUGGACUCUGUUCUUGCAGACAAGAAUCGCCUUAAUGUUCAAUUGAAUUGGCAGCUUAAAACCUCUAGCCUUUGGCUAAAGCCUCAGAGCACCCUAAUACCAGAGACCAAUGGUCAGACUCAUAUGUUGGAUACAGCCAAGGAGCCAUUACCGGGGGCUGGAGUAUUGCCGGGGGCAGCACAGCACAAAGCACUGACUGACUCUGAGUGUGAUUCCGGCUCAGCUAACUCUGAAGCGCCAGUUAUUAUCUGCUGUAAAUGUGGGGAAAGCUUCUCUAGUAACAUCGAUCUUCUCUCCCACCUCUGUACCCAGAAUAAUAAUAAUAAUGUUCCCUCAGAGGAGAAGCCUUUUUUCUGCACAGAGUGUGGGAAACACUUCAGUUCAAAAUCAAAUUUUCAGAGACAUCAGUUAAUCCACACAGGGGAGAAACCAUUCACAUGCACAGAAUGCGGGAAAGGAUAUUCUCAGCAAAACAGCCUCCAUAUUCACCAGAGAACUCACACAGGGGAGAAACCUUUCAUGUGUAGGGAUUGUGGCAAAUGUUUCUGCCACAACACCCAGCUCCAGCGGCACCAGGUUAUGCACACAGGGGAGAAACCCUACACAUGCACCGAAUGUGGGAAACGUUUCUGCCGGAACACUGAGCUGCAGCAACACCAGCUGAUCCACAUGGGGGAAAAACCUUUUAAAUGUACGGAAUGUGGGAAAAGGUUCUCAGUUAAGGGCCACCUGUACAGACACCAGAAGCUUCACACAGACGAGAACACAGAGUGCGGGGAGAGAUUGUUACAAGAGAGACCUCCCACUGGGCAAAAACCUUACAAGUGUCGUGAAUGUGGGAAAAGUUUCAGCCGGAAAGCUCAGCUCCAGCGUCACCAGAUUAUCCACACGGGGGAGAAACCGUUCCAAUGUACAGAAUGUGGGAAAAGCUUCAAUGUGCAGAGCAACCUGCGCAGCCACCAGAGAAUUCACACGGGGAGGAAGAUUUUCAUUUGCACAGAGUGUGGGAAGAGAUUCUACCUCAAGGGCAACCUGCAGAAACACAUGAAACUUCACACAGAUGAGAAUCCUUUCACUUGCACAGAGUGCGGGGAGAGAUUCCUACAGAAAAGAGACCUUCGCCAUCACCAGAACGUUCACACAGGGGAGAAACCGUUCAGCUGCACUGAGUGUGUGAGGAGCUUCUUCCAUAUGCGCAACCUCUCCCGUCACCUGAAAUCCCACGGGAUAAACUGUGUUUCCUUAUGAGCAGCUCCUCCCUCUCCAUUGCACCCAGCGCUGCUAUUUACCCUACACGAGAGGAAGCAGAAUACAAGACUUGUGUUGGAUCUGAGUAGCAUCAAGCACAAUAACCUCCCAUAGGGAUAUAAUAGCGCUUCUCUCAACAGAAAUAAAGACUUUGUUUUUUGUUUGUUCAUUUGCAACUGCAGUUCCUUUUCAAUAAGGGCAAUGACAUGGGGCCCAUGUUGUGUCAGGGCUACAAAGCACCAGAAAGUACCCUGCCAUAGACAGUAUUAGGAAUUGCUAAAACGCUCAUAUCGCACAAAAAACUCUUGCAAAGGCAUUUUUGAGUGAUUGUGCGAUCUGAGUGUUUUAGACAAUUCCUAGUAUCCCAGGGACUAUAGUGGGGUAUUAACUUUAACAA